CUAAAGAAAGAGAGAGAUAAAGAAAAAAAAAUAUAACGCCAAAUGCAUGUCAAUCAACAUCCUGGAAGUGGUAUAGACGGUAUUUCGUUCAGAACUUUUUAUUAAGUUUCUUGUUUGAAACCACCACUUUCCGGCUGGCAGCAUCAGAUUUCUCGUUAAUUGGUUUUGCGCUCACUAAUUACGAAUACAAUGAUAUCGGUACUCCCACUCGGAAAUGUCAGAAACAAGAAUCGUUGAGGAAAAUAAGGACGUCCAAGUUAUUCAACCACAAAUUUGGUAUAUAUAAGAGAUGAAAACUUAUCAAGCUUUAUCAAAAAAUCAAACGAAGUGUUCGAGUUCACCAACGUGUCAACGAUCAGUACUCACUAGUCGUUCGCGCAAUUCGUUUCGUUGUAGCAGUACGUUCGUCGUUUGUAAACACUUAACAGAUUUCUACAACAACGAAAUGGCAUCGUUAAGUUCAUCAAUGUUAUUAUUAAUAACAUUAUCGACAAUAGCUUUAGGACAAUAUAAACCUGGUGCAUGCCCACCGCCAACACCAUUUAACAUUCGCACAAAUCUUUGUAAUGAUGAUAUGGACUGCAAUGGAUCUGAAAAAUGUUGUCCUACAAGUUACGAUGGUACAAUUUGUGUGAAGCCUAUCACAGAAGCCGUUAACAUUGUAAAACCAGGUUCCUGUCCGAUUAUACCAACUGGACGAUGGAUAUGUACAUCAACUUGCCGAUCGGAUGGCGAUUGCAGAGGCAUUAAAAAAUGUUGUGAAAAUCGAUGUGGCGCUUUAGCUUGUCAAAAUCCUGAAGUUAAUAAUGACCCACUUGAUUUCGACUAUUCGCAACCAUCGGUUAUAUUUCGUAGAAAUAGGUCAUAACGAUUAAAUAUUAAACGAAAGUGUAAAAUUUCGAUAAACUUACCUUAAUGCUAUAUGUUUUAUCGUACGUGCCAUAAGCGACUUUAAUAUACUCGUAAUAUACGAUAACACAAUUUACUUAUCGAGGCGUUAAAUUUUGCAACGUAUUUAAAAGAACGCUUGAAAUAUAACUCAUCGAAUGUUUAAUGUAUUUCUUUAGUGACGCUUAAUUCGUUAUAGUAUGUCGCAUUUCUUUAUAAUAGUGUUAUUAUUUAAUUUAGAAGUUAAUAAUAAUUAAUAACUUUAGAAGUUAUAUAUAUAUAUAUGUAUAUUUGAGUGCAUAUUGAGAAAUUUAUUUUAUUAUUAAUUAAAUGAAAUAAUAUAUACGCGGUGAAUUAUGGCUUGUAGUAUAUGUACUAAUAUUUAAUAAUAUUUAUAUAUUUUAUGCAAAUUUAAUUUAAAAAAUUAGAUAAUAUUAGAUGUGAAUUCAAACAUGUAAACAAUGAGAUAUAGAAAAUUAAAGUAAAAUAUAUUUCGAUAAUUUUUCACUCUAUUAUGUGAUUAAUGUUUAAAUAAUACGCUUAAAAUCAAUUAUCUAAAGUAAUCUCGUUGGUUUCAUAUUUCUUAUUCACUUUGUAAAGACUCUCACAAAAUGAGUGACGCAAGAUACACGUUUAAGAAAGGCCACUUAAAAGCAUCUCGCAGUUUAUCCUCUCCAGUUGGGUAGAUCCUAAGACUCGCUUGCGUGAUCAGUGAUUCACUCGUUGUAAUAUUACUUGGACGGAAAAACCUCAUAUUUUUGUUAACAAAACAAAGAAAAUUCCAGUUAAGAGUUGGUGGAAAUACAGACCACGGUGAUUUAAAUAGCAGGAUUUAUUACGAGCUUAUCAGACGCUUCUAACUCAGUUCACGAUUGACAUUCGAACGAAAAAUAUUUUUGAGGUCUACUUAUUGCUCUUCAACGAACAAAUCAUCAGCAAAAAAUAUCA